AUGAACACCGGGAGAAUGGCCACCGCCUUCCCCGCCGUCCACCGGCGGCGCCCCCCCGUCGUCGCGGCGAUCUUCUCCACCCCAGACGAGGAGCUGGAACGCCGCGGGCUGAGCCUCCGGCGGACGGCGGCGGGGCUGGACAUCGAGGCCCUGAACAGCGUCUUCUUCCGUGCGGGCUUCCCCCGGCGAGACCCCGUGAAGAUCCGCCGCGCCCUGGAGAACUCGCCGUCGAUGGUGUGGCUCGCCGACGGGUCCUCGGGGCGGCCGGUGGCCUUCGCGAGGGCCGCCGGCGACGGCGUGUUCAACGCGGUGGUUUGGGACGUGGCGGUGGACCCGGACUUCCAGGGACUGGGACUGGGGAAGGCUGUGAUGGAACGGCUGGUGGAGGAUCUGCGCAGCGGAGGGGUCUGCAACAUCGCCCUCUACGCCGAACCGAAGGUGGUGGGGUUCUACCGCCCGCUGGGGUUCGCCGCCGACCCCGAUGGGAUUAAGGGGAUGGUCUACGCCCGCAAGCAGCCCCCGCCGCUGCCGCCGGGGGUGAUGGAGGGGAGGAAGAGGAAGUAG